AUGGGGUAUAAAUUCACGAGAGAAUGGUUUACCCGGCAUAUUCCAAGGUGGGAUGAGACUUUACAUGACCUUAAGAACAAAAAAAUAAAUGUUUUAGAAAUCGGAGUUUUCGAAGGGAGAUCGACUAUUUGGAUUUUAGAAGAAUUAUUUAAAAAUCCCGAGUCAAAGUUGAUAUCUGUCGAUACUUUUGAAAGGAUAUUCGCAGACAAUGAUAACGAAACAACUUUUCGUGAAAAUAUCAGAGAGUCAAAAAAGGCAAAUCAAAUUGAAAUUAUUAAAGAUAAAUCUUUUAAUGUUCUCGUCAAGAUGAAUUACGAAAAAGGAAUGAAAUUUGAUUUCAUCUACAUCGAUGGUUCUCAUGUUUCUUGUGAUGUAUUAUCUGAUGCUGUAUUAUCAUGGAAUUUGCUAAGAGAAGGUGGAAUUAUGAUAUUUGAUGAUUAUGAGUGGGAUUUUUUUGAAGAAGAAACCAAUAAUCCAAGAAUAGCGAUCGAUUCAUUCUUAAGGUGUUAUCAAACUCAAAUUGAGGUAAUUUAUAAACGUUACCAAGUUGCUAUUAAAAAAGUAAUGAAGAAAAUUACUAAAACUAUUAGGGAAGAUAAAACUCUUUAUUAA